CAUAAACAAACAACUUGGUGAGAUUUUGAAUCUCGAAGGAACCGAAGGAACAGUGUCAAUUUCUAUAGUUUUGAGUUUGCUUGAACCAAAGGCACUCUAUCUGAUUAGAAAUCCCAAACGCAUUUUUAAAUUGUUGGAACCUGAAUGAAAACUAUUGCUUAAUGUUAUUUGAACGCUUAAAACACAUCGUCCUGUAGUCUUGGACAAUUUUUUUAUGAAUUUCCAAAUAUUUCCGUUCAAAUUCAAUCUGAAAAUCCCGAAAAACUAUUAUUAGUUUCGGUUCGAUCCCACGUAACUCGAGGUUCAUUGCCGUCAACAAGGAUUGUUUUCCUAUUGAUACAAUGAACAUCUCUUGCGUUAUAUGCAACGACUCUCCUGAAAAAAGUUUGGACUGCGUCCUCCUACAGUUUCCUGACAAUGUUGAACAACCGGUUCUUUAUCAAAAAUACAUUACAAUCUGUGAUCUGGACGAAGCAACACUUCCAAACAAAAGCGAACUGUUCAUCUGUUCUAUGCAUUUUGAACCCGAAUGCUUCGAGGAUGGCUCGGAACAGCACCGAUUGAGAGAGGAAGCAAUUCCAAGUUUGAACCUGGAACGGAUCGAGAUCGAAGCAUAUGUUGAUGAAGAAUUUCAAAUGUUGGAUGAGUAUGUUCCACUGUUUAACAUUAAGCAGACCGCACCGUCGGAAUCAGUGGAGGAUACAAUCGAUACAACAAAUUCUCCAAUCAUUCCAAAGAUUGAACCACUGGAAGAGGUGCAAGAACUCUUUUUCGAAGAAUCCGAGGUCAAAACAGAAGCUCCAGACUUGGAUGAGGAAGUCCCAGACCCCUUCGAUAGCGUCGAACACGAACCAUCGCCGAAUGAAGAUUCAAGGUAUUGUAUCAUCUGUAAAAACAGUGAAAGCGAGAAUCAGGACUGCCGUCUGUAUGUUUUUCCUCGAAAGAUACCCUCAAUUUACCACAAAUGGAUGCUUGCCGCUGGUUUAGAUGCCGAGGAUUACAAGACUCAGGAUAUAUACAGUUGCCAGCGACAUUUUCCCGAAAAUGGAUUUUUUGCUGAUGGAAAGUUUGUUCAAAGUUGGGCAAUUCCGAACUUAAAUAUGCCCACUGGAAACGGUUCAUCCGAUUUGCAGAUAGCGAAAGAAUCAUCUAAACCAAACCAAACCAAAAUUCUUAACGCUUCUGCUAAGACAUCGACUGCGGAAAAUAAAACGGAUGGCGUUCAAAUCGUAAUUAAAUCCAACCCAAUGAACCGAAAAAAUGCAGAGGCGCUAAAUAUCGACCCGGACAGUUACGCAAAAACGUUUGCCAAAGUCGUGUCGGAGCUGGUGCCAAGAACACUCAACUACAACGGCGAGGAACGGCCAGUAACAGGAACGAUCGUGUUUGAGUCAAAUCUAUUCUAAGUGAUACAUUCGUUAUGCAAACCCUGCAUUACAAGAAAAUUAAUAAACGAAAAAAUCUUUAAU